CUUUUUUUUCUUAAAAAAAAGCCCAAAAUUAAAGCCUAAAUCAUGGAUCGUUACCCCGCUGACGAUGGAGUGCCGAUGACGAAUAAAUUAAAAUAUUAUUUGCCCGCGAUAAUAUUAGGGAUAUAUCUAUUCAUGUUUUUGUGCAUUUUUUGUAUCUUAAAACCUUGGAAAACAAGUAGUGAAAGCGGAUGGCGUGAAACUUUAUUCCUUGCUACUUUUAUACCAAUCUAUGCUGUCGCCUACCCGGUCUAUCUUCUUUUUGGCUUCCUUUUUGACGCUUUGCUGAAAUUUGCUUCAUUCAUGUGGGCACGCAGCUCUUUCAUCUGUUGCUAUGGCAGCUAUUCUUAUUUUCUAUACAAUUACUGCAAAUUUAAAAAAAGCAGCGGCAUGAACCAAGAAAACGCUUUUGGUACCCAAUUACCGUGUCAUAAUGCUAUUGAUGCUCGUUAUAUUGAUGACUCGGGAUCAGGCCUUGUUUACGACCGUGGUGAUAACGACGACGACGAUAACGGCGUUACUGAUGAGAACAAUAUCGGUCUUGCAGUGAUGGAAACAGAAGGAUAUAUGUAUUCUGCUGCAGAGGCACCAAGUCUUUCCAUUACACCAGCGCAGUCUAGGCCUAUCGGUACUUCUUCGUCACCUUCACAAUUACCAUGA